UCUUCUUAUGACGUCAUCCACCGCCAUUAUUCAGCUGAGCUGCAGUUCCAGAAUCCUCGGUUUUCAAAGUAAAAAAAAACACAUUGAAUUAAUUACUUGCAGAUGGUUGCAAAUUACAGACACGGUAAUUCUAUGUCAUUAUAAUACAUCCCAGUGUAUCAAAUUGUAUGUAGCUAAUUUAUGUGCCUCAACAAUUUAAGGUGACCUGAAUCGAUCUCUAAUCUACUACUACGGUACCGAACGGACAGAAAGAUGUCUUCAGCGGAGGAAACACAGUCUACUCCCGCCGAAGCUCCGGGGACGGAAGUGCAAGCUCCCGCUGAGGAAGAGAGCAUGGACACUACCCCUGCGGCACCUGCCGCCACCGACACAACGGAAUCUGCUCCUUCGCAGACAACUACACCACCACCAGAAACAACACCUUCGCAGCCUGUAAUGACAGAAUCAAAUCAAAAUAUUCCAAAGACAGACACUGGAAAAUUUAUUAGGCCAGCUCAACCUGUCAUCAAGCCUCCUGUUCCAAAAACAAUUCAGACAGACAGACCAUCAAAACAGUCCAUAGAACAAAUGGAGGAAGCCAAGCUGAAAGCAAAGUUUGGAGGACUGUCAAAGCCAGGAGGAUCUCAGUUUCUCCAAAAGAGGCUUAAUAAAGGCAUGAAGUACUUUGAUUCUGGUGAUUACAACAUGGCGAAGCAGUCUGGUAAGCUGGGUAGGCGCCCAUUGAGUGGUAAACCUGGUGGGAUCCCUUCUGCUCCAAAACCAACCGGUGAGGCUAUCCCAACACCAGACUCUAUUCAUCAUAGAAAGCAGUCAUCAGAGAUCAGCAAACUAGCCGUCUAACAGGGAAGAUGCAAUCAUAUACCACUGAAGCUAUCCUACCAGCCACAUUAUGACAUGGAAGAAUGGAGAUACCUGUAUGUGUAAAUAGAAUAUUUUGAAAAUGAAAUGGGCAGAUAGGGUGUAUGAAAGG